AUGCCAGCUUCAACUAACGGGAUCAACGGCAAUGCUGGCUCAAAACACCAAAACAUUCUCCAGACACUGAACGGAAUAAGCGCCGAAUCCUUUGAAAAUGACGGACAGCGUAUAGAAGCUGUGGCGGCAGCUUAUGCUCUUGUGGCCCGUCUUGAGACCCCAUGGGACUUUGUGCUGAGGCUUGCCAUGGGUCAGCCUGCCCUUGGCGCGGCUCUGAAGAUCGCCUUGGAUCUGCAGCUGUAUCAGAAGUGGCACGAGGCCGGCGAUGGUGAAAAGAGUCUAGAGGACCUGCACAAGCUGGUACCAUCCGUCGAGCCCAAAUUGCUCUCUCGUUUGCUUCGACAUUUGGCAGCAUACCAUGUCUUGGAGGAACCCUCAGUGGGCAUCUUCAAGCCAACGGCGCUUUCAAUUUCUUUCACGAAACCCGUUUUUGGCGAGUGGAUCAAUCACCAAUACGAUGCGACAAUCCCCUGCUUCUUCAAGCUGCCUCGCUACCUGGCGCAGACAGGGUAUAAGAACCCUGUGGACCCGGCUGAUGGCGUGUUCCAGUACGCGAAAGACUGCAGGGGCACGGACAUGUUCCAUUAUUACCAGGAGAAUCGCGUCGAGGGCGAAUCUUUCAACCAGGUCAUGGGUGGCGUCAUGGCCAAUCAGGCCGGCUGGCUAGAUAUUUUCCCCCAUGACACGCUAAUUUCCACAGCCAAUCCAGAUGGACCCAUCCUGGUCGAUGUUGGUGGGAACAUCGGUCACGAUUUGGAGAGGUUCCACCAGGCGCAUCCGGAGACGGCUUCACGCCUGUAUCUAGAGGACCUUCCUGAGGUUGUCUCUUUGUCUAAGUGUGCAGACCCAGUCAACAAGAUCGGCCAUGACUUUUUCACACCACAGCCGAUCAAAGGGGCAAGGGCAUACUACAUGCACGGUGUAUUGCACGACUGGUCUGAUGAGCCGGCGCGAAAAAUCCUCGAGAUGCAGCGUGAUGCUUUGACGCCUGGGUACAGCAAGCUACUAAUCCAUGACCACAUAGCACCGGAGGCAGUUGCUCACCCCCACACCACUGCUUACGACCUGACUAUGAUGGUCAUGGUGGCUGGUGAGGAAAGAAGCGAGACACACUGGAAGGCUCUCCUGAAGUCGGCAGGAUACAGGAUGAUAAAGAUCUGGUCAUCGCCCCUUGCCGUGCAGCGGAUCAUUGAGGCUGAACUCGAUGUGUGA